AUGUCAGAGCACACCGGACCCAAGGGCGGUUUCGCCCACACCCUCGCCGAGCGCGUAGAGGAAUGGAGCUCCAGCAUGGAGCAGUCCGACCCCGAGUUCUUCCCCAAGUCGGCAAAGGGCCAGUCCCCCAAGAUUCUCUGGAUCGGUUGUGCCGACUCUCGUAUCCCUGAGUCGACCAUUCUGGGCUUGAAGCCUGGUGAGGUCUUUGUCCACCGCAACAUUGCCAACAUUAUCACACCUACCGACAUCAACUCGCUGUCCGUCAUUGAGUUCGCUGUUGCACACCUCAAGGUCGAGCACAUCCUCGUCUGCGGCCACACCAGCUGCGGUGGUGUCAACGCCGCUCUCGGAAACACCAGACUCGGCCUGCUCGACAUCUGGCUGCAGCCCAUGCGUCAGCUGAGAAUGGAACACACAGAGGAGCUGGAGAAGUUCGACACGCAGGGUGACAAGACCCACAGACUCAGCCAGUACAACAUCUUGCGCAGUCUCGAGGUUCUCAGAAUGAACCCCACCGUUAUGGACGCCAUGGCCGAGCGCAACUUGGAGCUUCACGGUGUCAUCUACCACGUCGAGAACGGCAAGCUCGAAGUCGUCGAGUCCUCCGAGGACGAGACCAAGCUGAAGAAGCGUCUGGCUGCCUUCACCACAAAGAAGUCUGCAUAA